GCUGCACCACAAGACUCAUUCACUACUCAAAACAGCCUCAGAAACCCCGGCAAGCAAGCAUGGAUCAAGCCAAUUUCAAUGGGGAAGUGAUGGAUGAAGAUGGCUCCACACACCUGUUAGACCAGGAAACAGUCGAAAAGCUGAUCCACCAGUCUCAGGAGGCAAAGAAGCAAGCCUAUUGUCCGUACAGUAAAUUCAGGGUGGGUGCUGCUCUCCUGACUUCUGAAGACCAGGUAAUUACAGGAUGCAAUGUGGAGAAUGCAUGUAACAACCUGGGUGUGUGUGCUGAAAGAAACGCAAUCUCGAAAGCAGUGUCAGAGGGCUACAGAAGUUUCAAGGCCAUCGCAAUUGCCAGUGACCUGGAUGACAAGUUCAUCUCCCCCUGCGGUGGCUGCAGGCAGUUCAUGAGAGAGUUUGGGCUAAACUGGGAUGUGUACCUGUCCAAGCCCGAUGGCUCAUCCCUGAAGAUGACUGUGAACGAGCUGCUGCCAAAUUCCUUUGGUCCUGAGGACUUGGCCAUGAAGAAAGUGCCUAACAUUCCUCAUGAAUCCUGAGCCUGUACUGAAGUACAAAACACACACAUGCUGGUACUUUGAACCGCCCUGAUAUGUACUGUGUAUAAUGCUGCUGAUAAUGUGUAUCCAUGUUUUUCGGUGGCUCUAUUUAAGGUAAAUAUUUGUUCUUGUAUCAUCUGCUGAUUGUAAACGAUGUCACAUAUUUAAAUGAACUCCAUGUAAAGUGUAAUAUUAAUAAAACAUUAAUCUAAUUGGCUACACUACCUACACUGACAUACUGAACUGUAUUGUUGUAGCUAGAAAUGUUUCUUAGUUUAAAGAAUAAUGAGAGAAAAUGACAGAAAUAUUAAAGCAGGUCAAACUUAUAUGCACAUUUUAAUAAAUAAGCUGUGUCCCAAUGA